UUUCCGGUGGGAGCGAUUGCCGAGAAAGAGAAGAAGGAGGCCGCAAAUCGGGAUAGGAGGAGGAGGAGGAGCGGGGUCGACCAUCGCGGAGAGGCCCAAGCAGGGAGUCGCCGCUCGGACCCGGGUGAUACUGGGAUUAACAGUUUCCUGCAAAUUCUGUGCAUACCUGUAACUGCUGUUAACUUCAUCUCAAAUACCAGCAAUGGCAGCCUCUAGCAGUAGCAGCAGUGAAGAAGAACGUAGCCUCCGUGAAUGUGAGCACUACGUCCAAAAACAUAACAUCCAGCAACUCCUGAAAGAUUGCAUUGUCCAGCUUUGUACAGUGCGACCUGAGAGACCUAUGGGCUUCCUCCGGGAAUACUUUGAAAGAUUGGAAAAGGAAGAAACAAAGCAGUUUAUCUGUCAGCAGAAAGCCAGCUCUCGCACAGAUUCCCGUGAAGAUGAAAUUUCUCCACCACCACCGAUGAACCCAGUGGUUAAAGGUCGCAGAAGGCGUGGUGCCAUUAGUGCAGAGGUUUACACUGAAGAGGAUGCUGCCUCUUAUGUUAGAAAGGUUAUUCCAAAGGAUUAUAAAACUAUGGCUGCCUUGGCGAAAGCCAUAGAGAAGAAUGUGCUCUUUGCUCAUCUUGAUGACAAUGAAAGAAGUGAUAUAUUUGAUGCAAUGUUUCCAGUCACUUACAUUGCUGGUGAGACUGUUAUACAGCAAGGUGAUGAAGGGGAUAACUUCUAUGUUGUUGAUCAAGGAGAAAUGGAUGUUUAUGUGAACAGUGAAUGGGCCACCAGUGUUGGAGAGGGGGGCAGCUUUGGAGAACUUGCACUGAUCUAUGGGACACCCCGAGCAGCAACUGUCAAAGCAAAAACCAAUGUGAAACUGUGGGGUAUUGAUCGAGAUAGCUAUAGAAGAAUUCUUAUGGGUAGCACACUGAGGAAGAGAAAGAUGUAUGAAGAAUUUCUUAGUAAAGUGUCAAUACUUGAAUCCCUCGACAAAUGGGAGCGUCUCACAGUGGCUGAUGCAUUAGAGCCAGUACAGUUUGAGGAUGGACAAAAAAUUGUGGUGCAGGGAGAACCCGGAGAUGAAUUUUUCAUUAUAUUAGAGGGUACAGCUGCUGUGUUGCAGCGCAGGUCAGAGCACGAAGAAUUUGUUGAAGUGGGCAGACUUGCACCCUCUGAUUAUUUUGGCGAAAUAGCUCUAUUAAUGAAUCGUCCUCGUGCUGCCACUGUUGUUGCUCGUGGCCCCUUAAAAUGUGUAAAGCUUGAUCGGCCCAGAUUUGAGCGUGUCUUGGGUCCAUGCUCCGAUAUUCUGAAACGGAACAUCCAGCAGUACAACAGCUUUGUCUCUCUCUCUGUCUGAAGUCUCCCUCCUUCUCAAAUACAUGCUUCACAAACGCAGACUGUUUUCAUUACUCUUGUGCAGAGCCACACGGCUACUGGCUAUUGCAGCUUCCUGUCUGUCUGAGAGUGGGGGUGGGUGGGUGGGUGGGUACGGGAAGAAAGCGGUUGCUUUUCACAGCGUUUUAAAUUUUAGAGCAUUAUUUUGGUGCUCCCAGCCCCAUUGAAAAUAGGGAAUUGUAUGGAAACUUUUACUGUUACUGCUUCUCUCUGUGCAAUGUACACUGUCCAAUAUGGCCAGUGACUGCCAUUCCUUUUGCUGGGAACAAUUCCUGAGCACCGAGGUUAUUGCAGUAGAGUUAAGGAUGUAACGGUGGGAAAUUCUAAACGUGCGUUCUCCUCAGUGAGUCCCAUGUUCCUUUUAAAUUGUGAUCACUUUCUACUGUACUUUUCUCAGACAGAGAAAUUUACCUUCUCAGCUCAACCUCUUGGCAAAAUGUUCUGGAUAUGGGUGAUGUUUGGUUAAGUUUACUGAGAUCAGCUUCUAGUAAAACCAGAGUUAGAAGUUUGAUAGUUUUGUGCAUCUGUAUCCAUUUCAAGAUGGCUUGGUUAUUGUUUGUCAGGUUUUUGUAUACAAGCUUUUGUUUUGGCAACUAUUGCCAAGUGUUGCUAUCUUUGGCACAGCAAAAAGUUUUGCCUGUUCUCAGAUGUGAAUAUUUAUAAUAUAUGCCUCUCCUGAUUUUUCUCAAAGGGCAACCAAUGUGCUAAAAUAUAGGUGUAGGUGUUUACACUAGUGUACUGCUCCUCAGCUAGUGUGAGUUGUAACACCCUAUCCACACUAUCUAGAACAGGAAGCUGAAGGGUGCAUUCUUAUGUAUGCAGUCUUAUGUCUGCCCUUUCCAAGCUUUGCCUUCCCUGUUAACUUUGGAACCAGAUAGUUCAGUGAUGCUAUUUAUGUAACUGGUGGUCAAUGCAGGAUGGAAUAUACAGUCUAAUUUAGGAAGAUGAUAGGACUCUGGCUAAAAUGAAAGACAGGAAGCAGAAGAAGCAAUGCCUAUUUCCUGUCAAACUCCUAAAUAUUUAGCUGGAAGGAGACACAUGCUCUAGUUAGUGUGGCCUCACAUUCUCAUUGAUCUAGUGGAGUAACUAAUUUUGGAAAGUUAAUCCUGUUGUCAAGUCGGAAGUGUGUUUCAGUAUUUACCAGGUUUGUGUUAACAAUAUUCUGCGUGGCACUCAGUGCUACCCAUUAGCUUUAUUGAAUUUCACAGUUGGAGAAUGUAAGCAAGUCAGUUUAUUUGUAACCUAAAUGAUCUAAAACUACUGUAGAGCUUUAUAUGGGAGUGGCAGCAAGUGUUUUGCAUUGUUUAUGCAACUAUUUCUCACAGAUCUUACUUGCCCGGUUAGCAGCCCCUCCCCUUGGACAAUUGGACCUGGUAUACACCUUUCUGACUUGCUGGCUGUUGGAAGAACAUUUGCUAAUCAUACUUUGCAGUUGGAGGAAUAGGAAGCUUAGUAUAUUUUUUG